AAUCUCUGAAGAAAUCAGAGUAAAAGGUAAAGUAAAAUUUCUUCGAUAUGCAAAAACAAUCAACGACGAUGCUCUCGGAUCUUCCAAAGGAUGUGGCGGAGGAGGUGCUCUCGAAGUUUCCAGUGACAUCUCUGAGAAGAGUACGAUUCACAUGCAAAAAGUUGAACACUUUAUCCAAAGAUAUGUCUUUUACAAGGAAGCACAUCGAUAAAGAAGAAGCAAAGAAGAAGCAGAGUAAGGAGUUUCAUGUUGUGAUGAUGCUCGAUUUUAGGGUUUCUUUAUUCAGUCUCAAUCUACUAAACCCUAAUCCCAUAGAGCGUUUAGGUCAACUUGUUAGCUUAGACGGUGGUGCACAAGUCGACAUAUCUAACAUUUUUCACUGCGAGGGUUUCUUGUUAUGCACCACUAAAGACAUAUCUAGGGUUGUUGUUUGGAACCCUUGUGUUGGGCAAACAAUUUGGAUCAAACCCAGAAACUCUUUCAACAAAUGGGAUAGGUAUGCUCUGGGCUACGAUGUGAUGAAGAAUCAUAAAGUUUUGAGAUUUGUGGAUGACGGUGAGUAUGGAAGGAGACACUUACUUUGUGAGUUUGAAAUCUACAGUUUUGAGUCUGAUUCAUGGGAGGUUCUUGAUGUGAAUCCGGAUUGGGAGAUAGAUUUUGUUCACCGUGGUUUGUCUAUCGAUGGAAACAGUUACUGGUUUGCACGAGACAAGGUUGUUCCAUAUGGAGGACAAGAUCCUUCUUAUUUCUUGCUGUGUUUUGAUUUCACAACGGAGAGAUUUAGACCGCCUCUGCCUCUGCCAUUUCAGCCUUACUUUGGUGAUACUGUGGCUCUAUCUAGCGUUGGGGAUAACCAGAUUGCGGUCUUGUGUCAGCGGUCUUCUUCGCCGUAUACCUUGAAGAUAUGGAUUAGCAGCAAGGUUGAGCCCAAUGCAGUGUCGUGGAACAAGUUGUUCUUAAAGGUUGACAUGAAACCUCUCACUGGUAAUUCCUUCUCUUAUUCGGGUGGGAGUUUCUUUGUUGACGAGGAGAAGAAGAUGGCUGUGGUUCUUGAUAAAAACAUAGGUGGUGGAUUUGACCCGACUCGCAACAUAGCUUACAUCAUUGGAAAGGAGGGCUACUUCAAGAAAGUUGAUCUUGGCGAAUCUAGGCACCUCUAGGCACCUAACUUGUUGGCCACUUGGGUGCUCUUAUAUUCCCAGCUCUCUGCAAAUCAAUCAGAAUACAGCCUAAUCCAACGUCUUUGUCUAGUAGAUUUUUGGUUGUGCCUUAGUCUUGUAGAUUUUCUUCUCUCUCUGGUGUUGUGCGCAGACUUUAUUCUUGAAGGAGGACAAAGCUAUAAGCAAACUGUUUUGUUAAAUAUCGAUAUCAUGUGAUUACAGAACAAAAUACUCAAAUCAACC